AUCAUCGCUCAAACACAUAUAUGUAGCGAGAUGCCAUGAUCCCCAUAUCUCUAAUACCCUCAAUAAUUUCUCAUCUACUUCUUCCACUUCUUACAGAAACUCUUAACAUAAUGAGUGAUAAGGAAGUUACAGACAAGCAUGGCAAGAUCAUCCAUCCUGGUGAUUAUGUUGUUACCAAAAUCCGCGGCGGAACGCAUGAAGGACACGUGGAUGAGAUCAUCUUAGACCAGCAACGAGCGGAAGAAGUUGACGUGAAAAACCCACCAAAAGUUCGCUUCGAGAACAAGGAUGGUAAAAUGGUGGCACACAAUCCUGGCACUUUGGAGAUCAAGUAAUGGGGGAGCUAAAUAAGAGCUCCCAGUAUAUUUUCGAUUGGGUUUUCCUAAAGCGCUUUUCACCUCGGGUGCUUAACGCUGGCCGUGUUGCGAGACUGCCAAAUAUCUUAUCGUAGCUGGUUAGCGUCUGUACACUUCAUAUAUAUCUAUAUUGUAAAAAAUUAUCCGCUGCCCACAACAGUAGUUUGACAUUCAGGUACUGAUCUCAAGUAGUGAAAGCCAAC